AUGGAUGACCUAAUUUCGAUCUGCCCCAGCUUCAACAGCUAUUCCAAUUGCGGAAUCGCGGCAGCCGCCUCCCGCACCGCCGAUGAAUUCAAUUCCGACGAAUUCUCCGACGAGUUUCGUUUCGAAAAUCCAGCAGCGGAAUUACGUGUGACGGAAUCGGACGCCGAUGAUGAAAUUGAGUUCGCGUUUGUGACGAGGGUAUCUGGAUCGUCGUCUCCGAUCACGGAUCACGAGAAGAUCCGACCCGUUUACCCGGUUUUCAAUAGGGAUUUAUUGGUCGAGGAAAAUGGAAACAGAAAUGGUAAUUCGGUUUCGUCGGAGGAUCCGAAGAUCCGGAUUUCAUUGAGGAAGCUGUUCACUGAGGAAAGAGAAACGGCGAUUACGAGAUCGCCGCCGGAGGAGGACGAUGAGCUGGACGAGGCUGCGGCGGCGGAAACGUACUGCAUGUGGCGGCCAAAGGCGGCGGCGGCGGCGGAGGAGGAGCCGUACAGGAAUAGCUGUAAUUCAAAGAGAUGGAAGUUGAAGACACUGUUGCAUAGGGUGGCAGCGGUUGAAGACCGACCGAAAAAGUUUUUCUCUCACUAA